GUGGUGAUUUAUGACAGUAGAAUGGCGAGUGAGAUAGACGCGGGUCUGCAGUCUGUUGAAUUCUAUCCCCAAAAUGUGGGGACAUGUCGGGCGCGUUUUGAGUGUUUCCCGCUGUUGCUUCAGCGAGCCAAUCAGUAUCUCCAAGCCAAUCCCGAUCUGCAGCUGCGCAGUUGUGAGUCGAUUUUGGUCAGCCAUCGGGAACUGCGCGGUCACUGCGUGCACGAGGCGCAGGUGGUAGCGGGCACCCGCAAGGAGAGGAUCGCGAGUCGUCGCAGUUUCGGCUGUAUCCGGGGACUGCGCUUGUGGCUGCAGAAUAAACCCGUUAUGCGCUCCCACUUGACCGACAAAUCGGUCGUUUUCCCGUUCCUCUCGGACGAAGUGGUUUUCCUGGAUGUGCAUAUCCGGCCGCCCUCGGGGCCCAAACAGCGCCACCUGGAUCAGCUGGUAGCGGCGGUGAACCAUGCGUUGUCGGACAGUCUGCUGACCGGGCAGAUUCUUAGCGUGGAGUCACUGCUGGUGCCAUAUGAAGGCCGUUUCACCGAUUCCCACCGAUCGCACUGGGUGGAGGGGGAUAGUAUGCGCUUCACGGAGUACGUACGGGUAUUUAUUGUCCGCGGUAAACAGCAUUUGGAGCUGCUGGCGAUACAAGAUUUUUGGCCGGCUGUCGUUCGCAAAGAAUCCAGAAAACGAUCUGGACUGUAUGAGAAUUUCAGCGAAGUGUUCGCCCGCGUGCAGAACUGCCUAGCUGCUCUUCCGAUCGGCUGCCGCGUUGUGAGCAUCCGGGACAUCUGCCGCUCGGUGAACAACCGGCACCGUCUGCCAGCCUCGUCAGCGGCCACCUGGCCGUCGCAAUUCCGCAGUUUCCUGGAGGGUCUGCGUCUCGUGGUGUGCCUGAAGAAUCCCGAGGAGACCCUCAUCAAACGCGCCCACACCGUCGUCCCGCUGCAGUGCCAGACGUUUGCGCCCAUGGUCUUGAAGAGUGAGCAGUUAGAGGCCGACGAGACAGUGCGACUGCGCAUGGGCGAUUGGCUGCGCGACGAGGGAAAGGGGCGGGUGCUGGCGGUGACCGGAAUGCGCAAGCGGGUGCUGAUGGGGGUGGAUUUUUUGGGUGGUCUGGAGAGCAUGUACCAAAUGGGGAUCCGGCGGGGUGGCGACCAGGGGGAGGGGAAGGUGGUGGUGGUGCCGACUUAUCGGGUGUUCUUUCAGUGAUGCAUGGGUCUCUUGGAUGCUAUUGUGUCCUGCAUUGCUGCCCAGCUGUUACCCUGAUUCUUUUUGUAAUUGUACAGCGCGAACACUACUGACAUGCCUUAUGUGAUAUGCCUAUCCGACGGAAAUAUGUGUACAAUCUGAAACACAAUUACUAUUCUUGUUCGUAUAUACUUUAAUUUGUCAAGGAUUGGUUACUGUAAUUUUCAUGACGCUAGUAAUAAGUAUGGCAGUUUGCUGGAGUUUCGUUUGGCUUGAUCGACUCAGUGUUUUGACAUGAGUAAUAUUUUUCCGAUGC